UUGAAGCAGAAGUUCCCGUCCAUUAUUGAGUACAAUGGCGGGAAGCACAACGACUUCACCACAGAGGAGCUUUGCAACGAGUUCUUUGACUUGCGUGGUGAAAAGCCAAUUGCCUGCGAAGUGACCACGAACCGAAUAAUGAGUCCGCUACGAGUUGCUCGCAGGGAAAAGUCCCAGCCUUCGUGCACAGAACUCGUAUUUCGCGGGGAGAUACAAUGCCCUGCUCUCCCUGCGGACACUCGUGCCCAGGAGGAGCAGACUUCACAUACGGGCGUUGAAGGAUUUCCGAUCGAGCUGCAGUAUUGCGAAUUCGUGAUGGAUUGGUUUGACAAAUACGAACGGAUUCCCACGGAGAGCUAUUGGCCGAAACUCUGUAGUGGCUUCAUGAGAGAGAACGGCCUAGAGGGAGAUCUUCCCAUGCGCUGCAAAGAUGUCUCGCGAAAUAUCUUCAAUGCCAUCCGUCAGGACAUCAGAGACUGUGACGAAGUUCCUGCCCUGGAUUCGGCAGGACCUACGGCGCCACAGCAUGGAAAGCAUCAUCGACGAUUCUCGCUCAAAGACGAAGCUUCCCUGCCGAUCGGAGGCAAGGGGAAGUGCGAGCUAUGUCACUUCAUUCGUGACAUCUACUAUGACAACGAUUGGCUUGAGGGUCCAGAACCUUCUGAGUACGAGGCCGAAUGCAAAGGGUUACACAGGAGACGGGAUGUCUCAGACGAAGGUGUGCUAAGCUACUGCGAGGAGGUGAUGGCCGAGACGUUCACUGCAGUGCGCUCUGGGAAGCCUUUUCGGUGCACUGACAUCGUGCGGGAGCAGUGCCCUCAGGACAAGACAUGGUCUGAGUCGCCAUUCCUGACUGAUGUCAAUUUCUACAAGCCGAGCAAGCCAAACAAGGCCCAGCAGGUUCGUGUCGGCAGCAAAGUUGAGAGCUUAGUUCAGGAGCUCAACGAGUUGGUUGGCUUAGCCAGUGUCAAAGCGGGUCUCAGCUCCGUUCGCGACGCAGUGGAAUUCGACAUGUGGCGAAAGAAGUUCCUGGGGGAGGAGGCGACCUUGCUUGGACAAAGCUUCCACAUGCGCUUUGACGGUAACCCAGGAACGGGCAAGACGGUCGUGGCACGGAUUGCGGGGAAGAUUCUGGUGGACCUUGGCGUCGUAAGGAAGCCGAAGUCGGAGAAUGACGACACGAGCGACACGAAGUCCGACGGUGCCAGCGACUUUGUUUUCAAAGAGGUGAGCAAGGCAGACCUUGUGGGCGGCUACGUAGGAAGUACAGCGCCGAAGGUCAGGAAAGCCGUCGAGAGUGCUUUUGGUGGAGUCCUUUUCAUCGAUGAGGCUUACUCGCUCGUGCAGAACGACCGGGAUGUGUUUGGCAAGGAGGCGGUAGAUACAUUGAUCAAGGAAAUGGAAGACCACAGGGACAAGCUCAUCGUCAUCUUCGCCGGCUACCGACAGGAGAUGGACACGUUCUUCGAGUCGAAUCCCGGGUUCCAGUCUCGAGUUCCCUUUCGAUUCGAGUUUCCCGACUACAGCUGCGAGGAACCCGGGGAAAUCGCAAGAUAUGGCUUGAGAAAGCAGGACGUUGUGGCCUGCAAUGCAUCUCACGACUGGAUAAAAAAGAUUAUCUCGACAAAGACAGGUUGCUGCACACAGGAGGCACUGGACAAGGGUACAUGCGCAGCGGCCGGCCGGGACAACGGUAACGGUCGAACGGUGCGGAAUAUCCUGGAGUCCUCCCUGAGGGCCAUGGCAGUUCGGGCCGUAUCCACGCAGAAGGGAGCGGAGAAUCGCACUAAGCUCGUGACGGAGCUUACGCCCAUCGAUGUGGCAGCUGUAGGGGGGGAAGUCAUCAAGGAGGAUUUGCGGAGCACCUGCAAGGUUGCGGGCAAGACUCUCAAGGACCUGGAAUCCUUGACCACAGGAGCCCGAAUUCUGGCAGCAUCUGACUUUGAAGAAACUCUGGCACUGGCCAGGAGCAGCUGCGAUCACACGCGUGACUUCCUUGAAGGCAUCAAUGUCAACAACAGCCUGGCGUCGAGUGCUGCUGACGUGGAGAUCGAGAACCAGACUCUCAGGGAGAUCUUUGCAGAGCUUGACGAAAUGGUCGGGCUUAUCUCAGUAAAGAAGGCCAUGCGGGAGUUCUACUGUACAGUGGAAUUCGCAAGGCUUCGAAGGGAAGUCGGCCUCAAGGCCCUGAACGGUCAGUCCUUCCAUAUGCGUUUCCUCGGCAAUCCUGGCACUGGCAAAACGGUUGUAGCUCGCAUUGUCGGAAAGCUGCUCGUUGCCUUGGGCGCUAUCAAGGAUCCCCCACCAGAGCAGAAGGAGAGCGACGAGGAUCGUGACGAGGAUGAGGACGACCAUAGCGGUGGCGAGAAGCAUGCCUUCCAAAGACCUCCGGAGACAUGGCAAGCUCAAUCCACGCGCCGCUGCUCGCUGGACAUUGUCCUCUCUCUUUGCUAUUACUUCCUCUUCGCCCGUUGA